AUGCGGGGUUUUCGAUGCGGGUCGUUUGGGCAUGGCUGGAAGGCUAUGAUGAUGUUGGGAGUACAAGAGAGUAUGAUUUCACAACCAGAUCAAUGGGCGGUGAGCUUAUUCCUCCAGGACUUGUUCGAAAACGAGGCGGCCGAACACCUGGAAAGUCUUCUGACGGGUGGUCUGGAUGGCGACGAACGUGGGUUGUUGAAAGGGAAAGACCUUACAGAUACACAAGUCACACGAAUCCUUAGAUGGCUAGAAAGGGAAAUCUUGCACGGCGCCCAACCCCAACCGGUUGCUGUGACUCGCGACACAAUGGAGUGCCACGAGCAACUGAGUACUCCUAUUUUUUCCGAUGUUGUUGGAUGGAUUUUUCCUCGGUUCAGGACGGAGUCAAGCCCGGUGCGGGAGCGAGCAGUGGUGAGCCGUUUAAUAGAAGCCUAUCAAAAGACUGUCUUGCCUGUUGGUUGGCAUGGAUUUACCUAUCGGUCUACCUAUCAAUGGUUUUGGCAUCGUUCUCGUCUUAGGUCGGCUGCGGCGCUGGCCCACUGGGCUUACUACUUUGAGAAGAGCGAAGCCAUGUCACCAGAGCAAAGACUGUGGAGUCUGUCUGAACUUGCUCGUUGGUGGCCGGCCCAGGCGCUGAGAGAAGCAUCUUCGGAUCUGGUGGCGAAUCUACCCAGUCUCACUGACGCAGACUACGAACGAGGCGACCUCAGAAAAGCGAUGGGACUCUGGCUCUCCAAGAACAAGGACGCUCUAUCCAACGAUGUUGUAUCCGACCCCGUUCUCGAUCAGAUGAUAGCCGAGUUAAGUGCUUUUGCCCGACAUCUCAGAGCAUUGAUUAGGUCGUGGCCCAAUUGGCCUCCCGGGGACUCCAUUGAGUCCGCGAUGGCAGCGAAGGUCAAUGGAAUUGCGUCGAUCAAGACUGAGGCCUUUAAACAGCGGAACACUUCGAUAUGGAUGAUGCAUAGAGAACAUUUAGUCUCCGCUUACUUCUCCAAGUUGGUCAGUUGGGGAGUGGAUUCACCCUACGUACCUUCGCCGGAGGAAGUGCACUUCCCAGUGGCACAUCGGAAUUCCUUUGACUUCCACCGCGUGGGAAACAAUACGCUGCGCCAACACGCAUGGGUGGAGGAACGCAUCGUGCGUCGAUUGAUGGGCAUGCUCAUCAAUGAGCACGCCUACGAGACUCGUCAGACAAGCGAACAAGUCGUCCUAGCUAUCCACACAGACAAAUCAUUCCGUUUCUCGGUUUCAAGAGAUACCUUCAAUACCUGGUACUACAAGGCUGUGAAGGACGUAGCAGCGCGACUGGCCGAGGAAGAGGCGUACGACUACGCUUGGAGGAUCGGCGGCGCCGCCAUCACCCUCAUGUUCAACGUACCCGAUGUAGUCAACCCAACCCGGCUUACCAAUCCCGUCCCUCAUCCUGAAGAACUACAGCCACUUGUUCUUCUGUAA